AUGGGAGCAGAAGGGAAAUUACUUACCGAAAAACACAACAUGGAGAUAGAAAACCGACUUGAAGAUCAACAUUCGGAGCUCCCUAGAAGAGGAACAUCCGUUUUCAAGACUUGUUCCAACGGACUCAAUGCCUUGUCAGGUAUUGGGAUACUUUCAAUGCCUUAUGCAGUAUCUCAAGGAGGGUGGUUAAGUUUAAUUCUGCUACUUCUCGUUGCAAUCCUCUGUUGGUACACAGGGAUGCUUCUGCACAGGUGUAUGGAUGGACGUCCUCUCAUCAAAUCCUACCCUGACAUAGGAGAGGAGGCUUUUGGGUACAAAGGCAGAGCCAUAAUAUCAAUUUUCAUGUACCUAGAGCUUUAUCUAGUGGCCACAGGGUUUCUUAUAUUGGAAGGUGAUAACUUGGAGAAGUUAUUCCCAACCAUGAGCUUUAGAGUUUGUGGCCUAAGAAUUGUAGGGAAACAAGGCUUUGUUCUUCUCACAGCCCUAGUGAUACUACCAACCACAUGGUUCAAAAGCUUAGGAGUUUUGGCGUACGUUUCUGCUGGUGGUGUUCUGGCUUCAAUUAUUCUCGUUGGUUGUGUAAUGUGGAUUGGAGCUUUUGAUGGCAUAGGAUUUCAUGAAAGAGGAAAAAAGGUCAAUUGGGGAGGAUUGACUACUUCAAUUAGCCUCUUUACGUUUUGCUAUUGUGGCCAUGCUGUAUUUCCAACCAUACGCAGUUCCAUGAAAGAGACAAGGCAGUUUCCCAAGGUUCUGCUUGUUUGCUUCAUCUUAAGCACCAUAACCUAUGGACUAAUGGCCAUCACAGGAUACAUGAUAUUUGGAGAAUAUUCGAAGUCUCAAGUGACCUUAAAUCUUCCAACAAGAGAAAUAAGCACCAAAAUAGCAAUAUAUACUACAUUAAUUAAUCCCAUCACUAAAUAUGCAAUUAUAAUAACUCCAAUUGCCAAUGCUAUUGAGAGCAAAAUGCCAUUUCAUAAGAGGAGUAGGCCUAUUUGCAUAAUCAUUAGAACAAGCAUUUUGAUAAGCACAGUACUUGUUGCUUUAUUCAUUCCUUUUUUUGGAUACCUCAUGGCUUUUACUGGUGCUUUCUUGGGUGUCACUGGCUCACUAUUGCUACCUUCCUUGUGUUACCUAAAAAUCAAUAAGGCAGCUCAAAGAUUUGGUUUUGAGUUGAUUAUCAUUAUAGGGAUUCUGCUGAUCGGACCAUUCAUUGCUGUGAUGGGCACCUAUAACUCUAUGAGGCAAAUAGUGAAUCAUCUUCAGAAGCCCUGAACUGAAGGCCUCUAAAAAUAUAUUUUAGUAACUAAUGUAAUGUGUGCUACCCUAACUAAUGAUGUAAAUAUAAAUGCAAGAUUGUUGUGUUCUAUGCAAUAUAAAUUUUACAAAGAUCAAGAAAUACGUGUAACAACUAUUGCAACUUGUUUCAAUAA